AUGGUGUGGUCGCAGCACGAACGGCGGAAGAUCAUGGACCAGUGGCCCGACAUGCACAACGCCGAGAUCUCCAAGCGCCUGGGCCGCCGUUGGCAGCUGCUGCAGGAUUCAGAGAAGAUCCCGUUCGUGCGGGAGGCGGAGCGGCUGCGCCUCAAGCACAUGGCGGAUUACCCGGACUACAAGUACCGGCCGCCAGCGGAGGAAGGCGAGGAGACGGCGGCGUCGGGGGAGGAGCCCCUGGGCUUUCUGUCCAGGCUGCCCCCGGUCCCCACCGGACUGGACUGCACCGCCCUGGACCGCGACCCGGACCUGCCACCCGCCUCGGGCACGUCACACUUCGAGUUCCCGGACUACUGCACCCCCGAGGUCACCGAGAUGAUCGCAGGGGACUGGCGCCCGUCUAGCAUCGCCGACCUGGUUUUCACCUACUGAGCCCACCGUCAGCGGGGCGCGCAUGCCCCCAAACCAGCUGUUUACAUACAGGAAUCAGGUAUUGGGGCCCCUCGGAGGCCGAGGCUGGCACCCCAUCUCCCGCGCAGCCUCUCCCCUCCUAGACGUGCCCAUCCCCCCCUCGGAUCCAGACAUGCCCCUCCUCCGCGGACACACCCCAAGGCAACCCAACCCCCAGCCUUUCCCUGACAGCCAAGCUCCUCCCUCAUCUUGUCCCUUCCCUCACAGCCACCAGCAGCCAGCGCCCCCUCCGAUACACCUCCCGUCCCCCUCACCGACCUGCACCCCUCCCCCCACUUUGCACACGCCCCUCCUCGUGGCCGAAGGACACGCCCCCUGCCUUGCUCGCGAAUCUCUCCGCCCUCGCCUAACCUGCCUAGUUGGAUAGGGGGCGACGCGGCCCCAAGCGCUCUGCCUGGGUCCCGCCCCCUCCCGGGGGUGGGGCGCUCUCCAACCCUUGAGCGCUAGGGCCACCCCCUCCUUGCGCAUGCUUAAUACUCGUUGGGAGGAGGGGGCUGGUCCCUAGACCGCCUCCAGGCUCUGUGGCCUGUGCUAAGAAGGACUGGGGUGAGCGUGGAGUGAUCCUGAGAAACCCUUUGAUCCCGGAGCCCUUGGCUUCCUCUCUACCCGACGGGGCGUCACUGCCUUAAUGGGAGGAGCACUUAGUAGAGAGAAAGAAAUUAGGCCAGAAGGGGUGGCUGGGAUUUGAGACUCCAAGUUGCAUAGACCCUUUUCCCUGAUGGGGUCGCCCAUGCCCACCACCUUCCCAGCUGCGUGAUUGGUUGUAGUUUAUCUCGGUCCCCGGAACGUCCCUUUCUUUCCGCGACUGGAAAUUGGGAGGAAGAUCUUUCUCUGGAAAUCCACCGAAGAGGGAAGGAUUGACCAAGAAAAUUUAUUAAUGAGAUAACUAUACAGUCUUUGGGGACAGGAUCCUUGCUGCUCCCACCCCCCCUCUCCCGGGGAAGCGCCCUAUCACCUCAGGGCACCCUGCCAGCCUGGGCUCCUCCCUAAGCCUUCUGUCCCCUUCUUGUCACCUAAAUCCACCCAUAAAAACUACAGCUGCAGUAUUCAGUGGGAGAAACUGAGCCACGUUGGUGCUAGGGGGUUGGAACUGAGACAGGAUAACAGAUGGGUGGCAGGAAAGAGCCCACUUGUAAACAGCGGCCUGAGAGAGACCACCUACCGGGCUGAGGAGACAUCCUGGCUUGGAGGUGGCUGCCGUUCUAGCGCCUCGGUUUUUCCACGUGAGAAAUGAGGAUAGCGCUGCUGUUGUGAGGAAGAUGUGCCCAGUUCAGGGUGGCUGAAACCCUGUCCCCCUGCUGUUACCCCGCUCAGCCCAGCUCCCGCUGAACCCCCACCCCUCCAGCCUCCCCACAUCCCCUCUACCCUCACUACCUGUAUCGCCGGCGUGUGUUCACCUCCGGGUGGCUCACACACUCUCAUUCACAAACACAAAUCUCAGGAACAAACGGUCCCAGAGUCCUCCGGGACCCCUGCCCAGGGUCUCUACAGGUCUCUGCCCCACGCGUUCCCUUCGCUGACAAAGCCACCAGCUGCCUCCUUUAAGCUUGGUGCUCCGGCUCUGGGCCUUUCUUGCUCUCUCUCUCUCUCUCUCUCUUUUUUAAGAAAACAAAACAAAAAAAGACAAUGAAAAAAACGGAGAAAAUGUCAUGUGAGUGAAGAGAUGUCACUGUCUGUGGUCUUGGAGAACUAGUCUAGUAGCUGAGGGGAAGGGUCCCUUCAUCUGGGGCACUGGCACCCACAGCAGGACUUAUGCCAGUCUGAUGCCAGGACUGAAUAAAGUGUAUUUGCCCCGACCUUGCCCUGUGGUUUUGCAUGUCUGUGCUUUUCCUCAACCUUCCCCCCAGCAGAUUGCCAGGUUCAAGUCCAUAGGAUCUAGACUAUGCAGGAAGAGCAAGCUGUCUGGGGACAAGGUGUCUGGCCUGUCUCAGGACUCCCUGCCCUCACAGAGGGUAGCGCAGUCCUCCCCUGCGGAGGCCAGGCGGAUAAUACGAAUGAAUGAACACUGGUGCCAUCACCCAGUUCAAGGGUUGCACCUGCCUAUCUGCUGCCAGUUGUGACCCUGUGGGGAUUUGGUCCGGGGUAGCCAGAUGGACAGAUUUUUCAAGAGAAGCUGGAGAUACUGCUGCUUCUGAGUCAUCGUAAUUUCAAAAUGAAAGCUGACUCAAAUAUUUUUAAACCUCUGAGCCAAAUGAAGCAGGUAUAUAUGUGGGUUAAUUUGAGAAUUAAAAAACAGGCAAGGACCACAUUGCCCAAAGACCAGCUCCUGCCCCAAGCACCUGUCCUGACCUUAAGCAAAUUAACUCCUCCCAACUCUUCUUUCUGAAUGUGUUACAUGAGGAUGAGGAGGAAACCUGCUUCCUGGGCUAGGUGACAUGGUGCUCUGUAGAUUUCCUGCCUCCACUGUCAGUGGAGGAAGUUGAGAGUCAGGGAAGCCAAGGCCUGGGAUCUUGGUCCCAUCUGCUAGGGAAGUGCUGUUCAGGCCCUGUCCCACCUCUCCGGCCCAGCCUACAGGUAGGGCACACCCCAGCCUGCAGUGUAGACUCAACUGCAUGAGCAGAAAGGAACAGAAGCCAUGAUUCCUCUUUAUGAGGUCAACUCCUGGGUCGUCCUCCCCAUGAGGUUGACUGAUGACUUGGAAACUGACCAGAGCUUUCCCUCCUUUGUUCCCCUGACACCCCUGCUCCUAACUUGUUCAUCAGAUCCAGUGAAUGCCUAUACUCAGAUAAAGCCUCUUCUCACUACAAGAGCAAAGGCUAAACGUUUUCUUUCAGCCUGUGGUUGGGAGCAAGCUGGAAAACAAUCCUGUAAGAAGAGGUAGUGUUGAGAAGGCAAGGAAGGUGGUACUGUGUGCCUCACAGAAGGCCCUCCUAGCAAGGGCUUAGGAUCAUGGGUGGUCAACUCCGCAGGGUCGGAGAGAACACCUCACUGAGGUUGCACCUGCCCCAGCAGCCUGCCCCAGUGGCUUAGCCAGGCACAGGAUGCACAUCUGGCCAUCUGUACCAUUGGCAGCCAGGGCUUCGUCGGGCCUGCAGCACAGUUGGAGCUCUUCCUGUGCCCAGUCCUGCCGCCUCUUCUUUCCACGGGUGUUGUCCCUAAUAAACAUCUUGCACCUGCAACUCAAUCUCUGCGUCUGUUUCUGGAGAACUC